AUGGCACAUCAUAGUGAUGAGACAAUUAUUUGGGAAGGAACAGUAUGGCCUCUGGGUUGUUUAUCCCCUUUAUGUUGUAGUUCGGUCCAUUGGAAAAUCACCAACAAAAGAAUUGAUUCCAUUUCAGGUUGUUGUGGCUCGUCUGAACAUACUGUGGAUGUUCGUCGGAUAAUUGACUUAGAAUUUCAUAGAUCAUGCCUUCAAAUGCUUUCUGGCCGUGGAACCUUAACAGUUCAUAUUGCAGAUAGUCCUCCUAUGUGCAUUACAACAUUUGGUAUGAGAAGCGCGUAUACAAAAUUGAAAGAAGCAUGGCUAACUACUAAAAACGUUGUUAACGUUGUAUAA